AUAAUUUUGUCAUUUCAAUUAUCUUCGCAAUUUGUCCCAAUUUGGAAUUCAAAUUCACCAGUCACGACAUCGUUCUUCCUCGGUCUGGAAAAGCGAAAAAAGGCGAAACUCACUCAAAUCUCACACACAAUCUUCUCUUCGCAUCUGCAGAAAUUUGAACAAUGGUAAUGUAACUGUUGAUUUUUAAUUCCCGUAUUCCUUUACAUCGUUAAUCCGAUUUGCUCGAUCUGUACUAUUUUGGGAAUUCCAAUCGUUGGCUUUGAAUCUACUUCGCUUUCCAUUUCGUUUUAGGGUUUCGAUUGAUUAUUCGAUUCCUUGUUGGUUUUGGUCAGUGAUUUUUGUUUUGCUUUCUCGGUUGUACGAUUUCAUUAUCAGCUGUUUGUGUGCUUAUAAAUUUAUUAGAAUUAGAGUGUAGUAGGAGAGAAAGCUACCCGUACGACCUUUUAUGAGAAGGAAUUUUGAAAUGCUCAUAUUGCUUAUGGAGAAUUCCCUUAGAAUCAUGUAGGAAAUGUUUGGGUUGAAGUCUUUUUUGUGAGCUAUUGAGUUAACAAUUUCGAAAGUGGAUUGUUUGUUGUAGAGUGUCGAUUAUAAUCGAUGAACGAGUAAUGAAGUUAUUCCUGUUAGUUAUUACAUUCAAUGUUUUUUUCUGUUACUAGGUGAGGUGGUUUAUCAUGUAGCACUAUGGGGAGAGUGGUUUCGUGCAGGGUUUGCAUGCCUUAGCUCACUAAAAGAGAAUGUUGAUUUUUGAAAGACAGACUUGAUUGCAUUGUGGAUUCUGUUCCCUUGUUAUAUUUCAAGUUUGGCUUACAUCGCUGAUUGGUGAUUUGCCAUUCUGAGGAUGUAUGCGUUCUUGUAAACUUGACAAUGUUAGGAUUCUUCCGUGGGAACACUCUGUUAUAGAACUUUAUUAGAUGAUAGAUGCUUUGGCUAUUUGUAGUAUGACUGAUAAAGAUCCGGGGAAAUUAUUUUAGCUUGCAACUUUUCAGAACCUGGUUAUAUGACGUUGUCUGCACCACCACAUUUAACAAUUCUUGGAUUGUUUCGAUGUGCAUAUCCUGUUGACUCAAGUUUCUGCUUCUUGAUUACUAUAUCCUGUUGAAAGCAGCAUGUGCAUCUUGAUGACUUAUACAUUGACUAGCUAACAAAGUUGUUUCUCAUUUUUCUAUGGUCAAGAUCUGCACAUCAGAAAAAUGAACUCAUUAAGCUAGCUGCCUUUUAUCUUGUAACUAACUGCAAUACUGCAUGCUGGUUUUCUGGCAGGAUGGACAAGAUGGAGACAAUUCUAAACAGAGCACUGCUGAUAUGACUGCCUUUGUAAGCUUUCUUUGCUUUUAGUAAAUGAUACCUUGUAAUCGGGUGCUCUACCUUUCAAAUUUUGCCUUUAUUUUGUGAUUCAUUCUUAUCACAUAAUCUAAUGUGCAUUUAAAUGACUGCUGAGUUUAUUAAUCUUACUGGAACCUUCCGUUCAUAUUUUGGUGUUGGCAUUUCUUACAAGAUAAACCCCUGACCCCCUGUUUAAUGUUUUGAUCUUGUUCUCAUUGUGUUCUUUUUCAUUCAGGUGCAAAAUCUUCUUCAACAAAUGCAAUCUAGGUUUCAAGUAAUGUCUGAUUCAAUCAUUACAAAGAAUAUCCUUUUCAUGCUAUUGGAGUCUAGUUGCUGUUUGAAUAACUGAUUUGCUAUUGAAAUGGCCUAAAAAUUAUAUUUGUACUUUUGAAAGAUAACCAUUAGCACGCAUAUUUACUUUGUCAUACAGUGUUAAAUUAGCUGUAAGCUUUCGACUGUUGGCCAGAUAUUUGGUCAAAACCUAGGCCUAAAACUUAACGACAUCUUUCCUUGUGCAUAUGGGCAUUCAUCAGAUGCUUCUAGUUUUUGCUGAAUGCUGAUGCUAUAUCUGUAAUCGAUAUGCUUCUUUUGUUUUCUCCUUAACUAUGACUCCACUUGAUGAGAUGGGAAACCGGAUUGAUGAGUUGGAACAAAGCAUCAAUGAUCUUAGAGCUGAGAUGGGUCAAGAAGGCUCUCCAUCUCCUUCAGCAGCUUUGAAGCCGAAAGAUGAAUCGAUCUCAGCUCUGAAGCCAAAAGACGAAGCGAUGUCAGAUUCUGCUUAACUUCUGGCAUCCGAUCUUGCAGUAGUUUUAGCACUGUGUUUGUCAAAUGUGAUUUUGUUUUGCGGGAAACAACAUCCAUUGUUCGAUUCAGUAACUAGUUGUAGUGCCGUAGUUUAUCUUCAAACACUCUUUCUCCCUUAUUAUUUUGCCUGAAGCUACUCAGCGUUUCACAUAUAUAAUGUGUAUUACCUUUUAAACUCAUGAUUGGUGUGAAACUUGAGAAGAGUUUGUAGGGUAGGGAAGUCGUGGAUGCCGUAUAUUGACUCAUGCUGUUCUUCUUUAUUUGCCAUUUAAUCCCAUGUUUCUGUGUAAUGGUAGAUGGUGUUCUUGUGCACGUGCAAGCUUACUAAUGAGAUGGUUAGUAGUUUAGGUCAUUUGGGAGCAUCACCAUACAGCUAGUUUCGAUGUUGUUAACUGUUAAUUGCCAGCUUUGUCGGCCUAUCAUACAUUGUUGAU